UGUCCCUAACCACAUGAAAGCACUUUUUAAUACGACCCGCCUGCCCCCCGGCUCAGCCCCAUGUGGCCCGUCCUGGCCAUCCCGCCCAUCUCCAGCGGCACCGCGGCUCCUCUCCGGGCGGGACAAGCCGGGCCGCGGCCCGGGCACGAGGGGCCCACGCACGUGUUUCCGAGCAGGGAAAGGCCCGGGGCAGGGACACACCCCGGGGACGAGACGCGGGCGGCCCCGAUCCUGUCCCGGGUCGGGCCGGGCCCGGCCGCUCCCUUCGGCCGCAGACAGGACCCUCCUCCCGCCCCCUGCCCGGGCCCGCCGCUUCCUCUGCCCCGGCCCGGCCCGGGGCAUCGCGGGCAGAGAGGCGGCGGCUGCCGGAGCGGAGACGCCGCGUGCGCGGAGCGAGUGUGCGGGGCGCGGGGCUGCGGGGCCGGGGCCGGGCUGCCAGGGCGAGGGCGAGGGCGGCUGCGCUGCGCUGUGUCCUUGCCCGCAGGCCGGGCAGCGCCGUGCGCGAGCGCAGGGAGAGUCGAGCCCGGCGGGACGGGACGGGCCGGGCCGGGCCGCGGCGGGUCCCGGGGACGCGGGAGCCCGGGGCAGCCUGCGCCUUCCCCGCCAGCCCCGGGCAGCCGAGGGGACGCCGGAGGAGCGGGAGCCGGGGGCUCCGGCCAGGACACGGGGCUCGUGCCGGCCCGGCGGGGACCAGGUGCGCGUGGCCGAGGCGGGCGGCAUUACAGGCAGAAGAGCAGCAGCUGCGGGAGGAGCCGGUCCGAGGCGGGGAGAUGCGGGGGCAGGAGCGGAGCCAGGCCAUGCCGCCCCCGCCUCAGCCCCAGGACCCCUCGGAGACCCCCCCGCCGGCACCGGGGCACGACCUCCCCGCCCCGCACGCCUGGCGCCAGCGCUUCCGGGGCCUCCGCUACCGGGAAGGCGCGGGGCCGCGGGAGGUGUGCGGCCGGCUGCGGGAGCUGGCCCAGCGCUGGCUGGAGCCCCAGCGCCGCAGCAAGGAGCAGAUGCUGGAGCUGGUGGUGCUGGAGCAGUUCCUGGCCAUCCUGCCCCGGGAGACGCGGAGCUGGGAGUGGGGGCGCGGCGUGGAGACCUGCGCCCAGGCCGUGGCCCUGGCCGAGGGGGUUCAGCUGGGGCAGGAGGAGGACGAGACGCUCCAGGUCACAGUGAGUGUGAAGGCCGAGGAGGUGUCCUCAGACAAGAUGCAGCUCGUGGGGACAUUGCAGGACCCUGGUGCUUCCUGGCCGGCGCAACCGAGGACCCGUGGUGUGGACGGCCCUGUGGAGGAGUGGGGAGAGAGGGAAACCCUGGGGCCUGGGGACAAGCUACCUCGUGUCCCCAAAGAGGAGCCCUUGCCCCAGCAGGAGUCAGAUGUGCCCAACCCCGAGGAGACCGGGGAGGUGUCAGCAGACAACAGCUGCUCAGGCUGGUGCCCCAGACGAGGCCCUUCCCCAGGUGAAGGUGCUGGGACCCUGAGCAGAGCAGAGCAGCAGCUUCCUGAAGAGGGGCCUGGGAACCUGGAGCUGCAGAGGACUUCCCCAGGGAGACCGGAGGAGAGGAGCUCCCUGACACCUGAGCCGGGCCAAGUGCAGAGGGGACAGGGCAAGCCUCCAAAGCAGGAGGAGAGCUGGGAGCUCCGGGAGGUGUUUGAGGAUGUGGCUGUGUAUUUCUCACGGAAGGAGUGGGAGCUGCUGGAAGAUGACGACAAGGUGCUUUACCAGGACCAGAUGCUGAAGAAUUACCAGGCCCUCGUUUCCCGGGGAUAUGGAGGUCUCACACCUGACUUAAUCUGCCGCAUCCAGCGAGGAGAGGUGGAGCUGUGGGUCUGUGAUGAUGAAAAUGGUGGAGAUACCUCAAGGUUGGAGGACCUGCUGCCAGGAGGUGCCUGGCUGCUGCACAGAGCUGAGAAGCAGCCUCCUGCGGAAGCGCGUGCAGACCUGGAGCCAGCAUGGACUUCCCCAGGGAGUUUGGGUGAGAUGGACACCCCGAGACCUGAGAAGAUGAGGCAUACUGGCAAGAAGCCCCAUGUAUGUGCCAAGUGCGGGAAGAGCUUCACCUGGUCCUCACACCUGAUCCGGCACUACUUCACACACACAGGGGAGAAGCCACAUCGGUGCUCAGAGUGUGGGAAGAGAUUCACCCGCUUCUCUGACCUGGCUCGGCACCAGCGCACCCACGUGGAAGAGAAGGCAUAUCAGUGCUUGGAGUGUGGGAAGAGAUUCCCUCAAUCUUCCCAUCUAGGCAAACCCCAGCUUUUCCGCACAGGGGAGAAGGCAUAUCGGUGCUCAGAAUAUGCAAAGAGCUUCAUUUGUUCCUCUGACCUGACCCAACACCAAUGCAUCCACACAGGGAAGAAGCCGCAUCAGUGCUCAGAGUGUGGGAAGAGUUUCACCCGCUCCUCGAACCUGAUCCGGCACCAGGUGAUCCACACAGGGGAGAAGCCACAUUGGUGCUCUGUGUGUGGAAAGAGCUUCACCCAGUCCUCCCACCUGAUCCGGCACCAAUUAAUCCACAGAUGGGAGAAACCAGGGUGGUGUUUCGAGUGUGGGGAGAGCUUCCUUUCAGCCUCUGACCUGGCCCGACACAAGCGCAUCCACACAGGGGAGGAGCCACAUCAGUGCUCAGAGUGUGGGAAGAGCUUCACCCGCUCCUCCAGCCUGGUCCAGCACCAGAUGAUCCACACAGGGGAGAAGCCACAUCGGUGCUCAGAGUGUGGAAAGAGCUUCACCCGCUCCUCCAACCUGGUCCAGCACCAGAUGAUCCACACAGGGGAGAAGCCACAUCGGUGCUUAGAGUGUGGGAAGAGCUUCACCCGCUCCUCCCACCUGACCCAGCAUUGGUUCAUCCACAUCCGGAAGCAUCCAUAGUUUUGGGGGCAAUGCAGGAAAGUGUUUGGGUAUGCCCACCUGCUCAGUGCCACCAGUGGCUGCCUUGAGGCAAGCAGUCUCGUGCUUGUGGACUGCAGCAAGAGUUCACCCAGCCUUUGGCCCUUCUAUGGACCUGCAGACCCCACAGGAGCCAGAGGCUGGCCCCAAGAUUUGGUGGUGGAAGGGGCUAAGAGGAAAUACCUGAGGCAGAGGCCAGUCUGGAUGCUGGAAGAACCGGUGGCGGACCUCUGCAUCAGCCUUGGAGCCUGUGUCUGUGCCAUCAUUCUCUAAAAGUGAUCUAUGCUUCAUGGGGGGGAAGAAGUGGCUCCAAAAUCGGGUGCCUCUCCAAGACAGCUUGCUCCAAAAGACACCCAGGGACUGUCCUUGCCAGCUCCCACCUUCCUCUUCCAUCCUGGCCCCCGGGAUUCUGGUAUGUCAGGCACCAGAGUUGCAGGAAAGAGGACAUUUAUGGCUAGGGAAGCAUUUCUUGUCCUCCGCCCUGACCUCCCCUCUCCUCCCCACUACUUCACCCCUCCCUAGACCUGUACAUGCCCAUCGUGGUCUGCAAGGACCUCAGCUGCCACCCCUGAGUCCAGCGUGGCAGGUUUUGCUUCUCAGCCCCUCUUCCGUGGGUUUUUUUAGGUCUUGGGUGCUGGAAGUGCCAUGUCCUGCUGUCAACUCUGCAGGAUCACACCUUGCUGACAAAUCUGCUUAGUUUUUAUACUGUUUCUUCAAGGCAUUUUGCUUGAUGGUUGGCCUACUUAAGCCUGAACAAAACGGAGGAAAAGGUUGAUUAUCAUAUCACAACUCUUAAUUGCCGGGCUCCUGUUCUUGAUUGUCUAGGUGUAAAGACUGUAUCUGUGGCCCCUGUAAUAAUGGGUCAAUCACAGAUGAUGGGCUUUGAGUGUCCGACAGGAUACUUAGAGGUGUCACCACCAAACCUGUUUUGGGGUGCUUGUAUAUCAAUGGGGAGCUUGUACUGGUGGUGGUCUAUUUACCAAACUGCAGACAUGCAGUGAAUGGCUUGGACAUUUCUAACACCUUAGAGUGACAUUGGAUUCCUGGUUUGAGUAAUGUGAGACUGUCGGGGACAGAACAUCCUCCCUGUAUUCAGUGUACCUUUUACAGGUUUCUUUUGAGAUGCAUAUAUAGCCUUUUGUUUCCUUUAUCUGCUAGGUCAAUUGAAAUGCAUAUGUGGUUUCCUUGUC